AUGGUGGAGGUGGCAUUGGAGGAUCUGAUUCUGAGGGAAGAGAUUUUGGGCCUUAUGGGUUCAGAUGAGGUCUGCAAAGAAGUUGAAUGUGGAAAAGGAACAUGCAAACGUUCUGAGAACAGCACUUUCUCUUUUGAAUGUGAGUGUCAACCUGGUUGGAAGCAGACUCUUUCCAGUGAUGAUGACUCAGGCUUGAAGUUUCUUCCUUGCAUAGUUCCCAAUUGUACAUUGGACUACUCUUGCUCCAAAGCCCCUGCCCCUGUUCAAGAAAAGGCAACAAAAUCCAAUGAGUCAAUUUUUGAUGCUUGCCAUUGGGUUGAUUGUGGAGGUGGCUCAUGCAACAAGACAUCCAUGUUCUCCUACAAUUGUGAAUGUGAUUCUGGGUAUUACAAUCUCCUAAAUGUCACUGCCUUCCCUUGCUUUAAAGAAUGUGCUCUUGAGAUGGGAUGUUCUGAACUUGGAAUAUCAGUGACAAAUUCUUCUACCUCUGCACCACCGGCUUUGAAUGACAACACUAAGAAUGAAGGUAGCUCAGUUACACAAGGAAGCUCCUUCUGGGUGGUCAUGCUAGUUUUGUUCAUGGCCAAGUUCCAAUUGCAAUAG